UACACACAAGGAACUCACUUAGCGAAGCUUACUCCCAUAUGCUCAUUGAAGAGCGUGCACACUGUGCAUCAAUUGCUGCUGAUUCACUGAUCACUUCUCACACCAUAUCCCCAAGUGAAGAAUCUAUACACCCUGACCCUAUACAGGGGUCAAGACAUCCUCCUCGUUCCUUGUCUCAGCCUGAAGGCAACCUCAAAGUUCCAAGAUCAUAUCCCCUUAGACAAGAGACGGGCAACAGUUCUCUAAAGCCUACCAACCAGGCUACAAACUGGUAUAAUCUUCGGCUAAAAAGAUCUAGAAACUACUGGGUAGGCAAGGCGCGGUUCUUGGUUAACCACUUUUACUUCCCUCACUUCUUCAAGUCAUGCAAAAAUCACCUGAAAUCUCACGGGGUGCCAGAUAGGGACUGCAUUGCUCCAUCUCACUCGCCUAUGCCAGACUCAUCGGACCUCAGUCCUUCCGUCGUCUCGACCCUGCCCAGUCCCGCAUCCAGCCUAGAACUUUUUGGCCUAGAAGCACGCUCCAUCAGCCCAACAGAACACUCAGUUGACAUGGCUAAGUCUAAUUACUUCCCCAAGAUGUAG